ACAUGAAUUAAAAACAUUACGUUUAUAGCUAAUCUUUUUGCUAUAAGGGGAGGCUAAGCAAAAGCUGGAUCGUAAUUUGCCUCCUGCUGUUCGUAGUAUUCGUGCUGCUGCGUUUGCUCAGUGGAUUUCUAUUAUUUGUUAGAAAAAGAAUAAGAAGAAAUAAAAGGGGUACGAAUGAAAGAGGGAACCAAAAGCAAAGGUCUCUACCAUUGUUAAAAGGCUGAAUUAUCUAUUGAAAUCUCAACUUUAACUUUCUGGGUUUCUUUAUUUUGGGUGGUUAAAGAAAGAGGAAGCGAUUCUGAAUUCUGAUGGCUUCGUUUGUGUUUGAUACUUGGUGUUUAAUAUUUUAUUUUAAAGUGCUUUCAACUCUUUGUACCGUAUGCUCUAACCUUCAAUCGUAUAGGUAGUGGCUGUAGUGGUGGUAGCGGGGACAAGGAUGUUUUGGGAGAUGAGCUAGAUAGCUUCUUUUUGUUGUUGUUAUGAGAAUUAAAAGAAAUAGAUCAUUAAGUGUUAAUUUUCCAGUUUAAGUAGAGAAUUAAGGUUAUUAAACUGAUAAAAAAGGAAUUUAGAUUAGGAUAUUGAUUUCAUUGCAAAGAGAUAUGAAUCUCUUUAGAAGCGAAAUUUAUUAAAUUACUCCGAUUUUAUCGCUUAUUUUGAGACCAUAACUGAAUGAAUUAGUACGAGGAGACCCCAUAAGUCCAUGACAAUAUCUAAUGGGCCAGAAAAUCUCGUUCCCCCAAAACGAAGGCAGAGACUGACUCCUAAACAACAAACAAAACCUGUUCAACAGAAUAACGGUAAACCAUAACAGCAACCUACUAAAAAAACAAUGGAGUAAUAAUUACAUGUUUGUAUUGUGUAGCAAUAUAUUUGACCUUAAGAAAAAAGAAAAAGAAAAGGACUAACAUGGAAAAAAUAUUAGUUAUUUAUCAACUAAAAACAGGCUCUCCACCCAUUUUCACCCCCUUGGAAGGAAAGAGUAAACAUUAUUUUCGUUUUACUUAUUUUCUUUUUCCUUCGUUUUUACAGUGGCCAAAAUCAGAAACAGUUACCUGCGAGCUUCGAUCCUGACCAACAAAUAUUAUAUACGUAAAUAGGGUUUCUAAUAUCACAAACCAAUUCUGCCCACGCUAGCUUUCAUAUAUUUCAGUAUUAUACUUUCUUUUCUGAUUUUGGUUGAUUGUAAAUAGAGAGGAGAAACGAACCAUCGUAUCUAAAUGUUAUAAAGUCUUAGAUUCUCAUUUUUUGUGGGUUAUCUGUCGUCAGUCCAGAUUGCCGAUCUGUUAUGAGACGAUGUAUUUGGGGCAUCAGAAAUUUGAUGGUGGAAAAGAAUACCAAGAAAAUUGAGGUAGACAUGGCACAAGAAAGCCGAGAAGAGAGAGAGAGUGAUGACGACUAUGAACUUCCAAUGCAGCCAAACUCAAAAUUUCUUAGUGAGCUAAACCUCAUCGUUAUGGUUCUUUCUUUAUAUUCAUUGUCAUCAGAAGAAGACUGCAUGAGUUGUACAGAGGAGGAGGAGACGAAGAGCACGAAGGAUAAGGAAGCAAAGGCAGAGGCCCUAUCAAGAUCACAUGCCAGAAAUCGGUAUAGGGACAGAGACAUACACGAAUUCAGGCCUCUGGCAAGACGAGCACAAAGAUUUCAGCCCAUGAUAAAAGAUAGCAGGCAUGGCAGGAAAAUGUAAGAAGAAAAAAGAAAAGGCAUCGACUUGCUCAAAGCGAAGGCUUAAACUUAUAAUAAACUCCAUUUUUGAAUA